UUUCAGUUUCAAAUAUGGCAAUGGUUUCUGAAUUAAGAGUUGAGCACCAAAAUGAAGUAAGACAAGACCAACAAAGAAACUUCUCUAAAAAGUUAAAAAGUGUGAGAGAAGUUGAAGCAUUUUCAAUAAAAUCUUUAAAUAAAGAUGUGAAAGUUUUGGAGGCUCCAUUAUGUGGUGCUACAAAAGCACGAAUUACAUCUGAAGAUACAUCAUUCAAAAAAUUUUAUGAGCGAGGUGAUCUUCCUGUAGCAAUAGAACAUGACACAAAAGGAAAUAAAAUUGCCUGGAAAGUUGAAAUUGAAAAAUUGGAUUAUUCUUAUUAUCUUCCUAUGUUUUUUGAUGGGCUCAAAAAUACAAAACAUCCAUAUUGUUUUUUUGCAAGUCAAGGAAUUCAUGACAUGUUGGAGCACGGAGGAGAAAAAAUAUUAGAUGUCAUACCGCAGUUGAUUAUUCCGAUUCGUGAUGCUUUAGAAACUAGAAAUCAUGAUGUGGUUUGCACUACUCUUAAAGUAUUGCAACACCUUGUUGCUUCACACGAUUUAAUUGGCAGAGCCUUAUUGCCUUACUAUCGGCAAAUUCUUCCCGUAAUCAAUAUCUUUAAAAAUAAAAAUGUUAAUACUGGUGACGAAAUUGAUUACAGCCAACAAAAACGUGAAAAUAUUGGCGACCUAAUUAAUGAAACACUUGAGUUGUUUGAAAGACAUGGUGGGGAAGAUGCAUUUAUUAACAUAAAGUAUAUGAUUCCAACGUAUGAAUCAUGUAUGUUCAAUUAAAAUUGUGUUUUAAAUACGGAUUGUAAAAACAGAAGUAGUAAUCAAAAGAAUUUAGUAAAUCAUAAGCAAGAUACAAAUAAUGAAAUAGUAAUAAUACGAAACCAAUAUAUAGAGAAUUAACAAUUUUAUAUAAUUUUUUGAUAAUAAUUACAAUAAAGAGUAAUAAUAUUAAUAAUGAUUCCUAAAUUGAAUUAUUAGUUUUGUAUACAUAACAAAAAUAUAAUUUGUAAAUUUGUGAUAAUUACAAAUUAUAUGAUUAUAAUUUAUAAAUA